UUUAUGAAUAAAAUAAUUUAAAUAUGCUGAAAUUCUUGGCCCUGUUUGCGAUCUUGGGAGCUAUCAGUGCUCAGGAAGCCAUCAAGACUACCAUGACUAAGGAAUAUAAAGUACCUGAGAAGAUACUUGAUGGAGAAGGAAACUGGGUCGAUAAUCCUGAUUUUGAGAAUUUCACACACCUUCAUGACGUUCAUAAUGAGCAAAAUUUGAUUUACUAUGGAAAUGUUUAUUUUUGGAAGGACGGAAGUGAUAAACCAGACAUGCUCCAGGUGAUCAUGGAUACAGGAUCAAGCUGGUUAUGGGCUCCUUCUUCUAUUUGCAAUGGGUGCCCCUCAGAUGACUCUCUUGAACAUUCUUAUUUGAUAAAUAACGGGGAAGGCAUUAAAUCAAUUACCUAUGGCUCAGGAUCAAUUCAUGGAGACAUUGUCAGGGGUGUUGUUUCUCUCGAGAACUCAAAGAGUAGAGCUAUCCACAACUAUAAAAUGCUCGAAGUCACUUCAGCAAACCUCCCAGGUCUUGAAGGAUCAAACUGGGAUGGAAUCCUGGGACUUCUUCCAACAGGCAUGUCAGGAUCUGACUUAUUUGUAACACAAUUGUAUAAAGAAGGACUUAUCCCAGAAGAUUCAUUCGGUGUGAAAUAUACAGACACAUCAGAAGGCUCUGAAAUCACAUUUGGAGGGUUUGAUAAAUCAAUAGUAGAAGAACUUGAUGAUUUCACCUUCAUUGAUUUAUUCGAUGAUAUGCAUUGGUCUGCUUCUCUGGAGCAUGCCAAAUAUGGACCAUACGGAAAUCUUCCAACAGACGAAAUCAAGUCUGCAAUUCUUGAUUCUGGUACAUCCCUUAUCCUAAUGCCAACCUCCCUCUUCAAAGCCUUCCAAAAGACGAUCCUCAAAGAGAAAAAGACUUGUGGCCUUUUAAGUGGUUAUUUCGGAUGCUAUUGUCAAGACAAAUAUGAUUUCCAACCUCUUUUCUUCAGACUUGAAAACUACGAAUACAGAGUUUCUCAGGAAAAUUACAUCGUUGAAACUUGGAAUAAAAGGAAGAAAUUCUGUUAUUUCCUAGUUCAAGGAUCCGACUUCAAAAAGGGUUCCAUGAUCUUGGGAGACUCGUUCCUCAGAAACUACUAUGUGUACCAUGAUGUUACGAACAAAAGAGUAGGACUCUAUGGAGAUUACAUGAUGUACUACAGAACUAAAGUAUUCACUCCAGUUUUCUUGACAAUUCUAGCAAUAGCUGGAGGAACUCUUCUUUGUUGCAUCUGCUGAUUAUAUUACUGAUGCAUAUGUAAAAAGAGUGAUGACCAAGAAAAAGAACCGCUUAUUAGCGAUAUUGAGCAAAAAUCAGAUGCCGAUCCGUACGCUCCACAGAUAGAUGAGCCUGAAGAUGUUGAUCCUGAUAAAGAUAAGAUUUUUGACCCUGUAGCUCCAGUCCCCACUAAGAUUGAUGACAAUGCUAAAGAUGACCCGGUCGCUCCAAAGAAGUUUAUUAAAGCCAAGACUGUAGUUGAGAAAGACGAACAAAGCGACUUAGAAGAAGAUGAAAAUAUCAAGAAGCAGAUCACACUCAAUAUCAAAAAGAAGGACCUUGAUGGAAAGCAAAAGAAAGAUGAGCCUGAAGCUAAUCCAGAAGAAGAAUCUAAGAAACCUGAUCAAGAAGAGCAGGUUAAAGAGGGAGAAGGAGACCAGAAGGAAGCUGAAGGCGAACAGAAAGAACAAGAAGACAAAAAAGAAGCAGAUCAAAAAGAAGAAGCUGAAGGUGAAGAAAAUAAACAAGACGAAUAAA